AUGGAGUAUUUCCCAGGUAUUUCGAACAUUAAGUAUGAGGGCAGCGCUAGCAUGAAUGACCUUUCUUUUAAGUGGUACAAUGCUGAGCAAGUGGUUCUAGGAAAGAAAAUGAAGGACCACCUCCGUUUCGCUGUUUGCUACUGGCACACUUUCUGCUAUCAGGGCAAUGAUCAGUUCGGAGGACCGACCCUGAACAGACCUUGGUGUGGAGAUGCCGACCCCAUGGUGGAGGCCAAGAAGAAGUGCGAUGCUGCCUUCGAGUUCUUCACCAAGCUGGGCGUUGAGUACUACUGCUUCCACGACCGCGAUAUUGUGGCUGAGGGCGAGACUCUGGAGGAAACCAACCGCCGCCUGGACGAGAUUUCCGACUAUAUGCUGGAGAAGCAGAAGCAGACGGGAGUGAAGCUGCUGUGGGGAACGGCGAACAUGUUCGGAGAUCGUGUGUUCAUGAACGGUGCUUCCACCAACCCCGAUGCUCACGUCUUCGCCCUUGCCGCUGCUCAGGUGAAGAAGGCGAUGGACAUCACCAAGAAGCUGGGCGGUGAGAACUAUGUGUUCUGGGGUGGCCGUGAGGGUUACCAGAGCAUUCUGAACAGCCUUCCUGGAAAGGAGCUCGAUCACAUGGGCCAGUUCAUGCGUAUGGCCGUGGAGUACAAGAAGAAGAUUGGCGCUACCUUCCAGCUGCUCAUUGAGCCGAAGCCUCGCGAGCCCACGAAACACCAGUACGACUACGAUGCGCAGACCGUCAUUGGAUUCCUGCGCAAGUACGGACUGGAGAAGGACUUCAAGCUGAACAUUGAGCCGAACCACACCACGCUGGCCGGCCACGAUUACGAGCAUGACAUCGUGUUUGCCUGCAACGAGGGUAUGCUGGGUUCCGUCGAUGCGAACACUGGCGACACUCUGCUUGGCUGGGAUACGGAUCAGUUCCCGAUGGAUGUGAAGAAGGCUGUGAUUGUGAUGUACCACAUCAUUCGCGCUGGAGGUCUGCACAGCGGAGGCUUGAACUUCGAUGCGCACGUUCGCAGAGAGUCUACGGAUAUGGAGGAUCGCUUCAUUGCUCAUAUUGGAGCGAUGGAUACUUUUGCUCGUGCCCUUCUCAUUGUGGAGAAAAUCAUGAAUGACAAGAUUUACCAGGAGAUGGUUGACAAGCGCUAUGAGUCAUACACCACUGGAAUUGGUGCUAGAAUAGAAAACGGCGAAGCCACCUUCGAGGAGUGCGAGAAGUACAUCCUGGAGAAUGGCAAGCCGGAACCUCAGUCUGCCAAGCAGGAGAAGUUCGAGAUGCUUCUCAAUCACUAUGUUUAA